AUGAUAUCAGUCCUGCUUCACCCGACCAAGUUGUUUGCAAGCUCAUCGCUCGACGUCCAGUUCGUGGUGCUGAGUCUAGCGUAUGUUGUAUUCUGCUUUAUUCUUCUUGGAGUGUGUGCGUCGGACUAUCUAUGCCCCACGGUUUCGACGAUAACUGGAGCCCAGUCUUCAACAGCUACCCGUUCUCGCGGUGUGCUUGCAGCAGUGCUUUUGGCCUGGUGCAACUCUUCACCAGACUUGAUCACCAACUUCAUGAGCUGGACGUCUUCCAACGCUCCAGCACUCUCCGUGGGCGAAGUUUUGGGCUCUUGUGGGUUUAUCCUAUGCGUUGUACAAGGUGCAUUGUUCAUAGUCAUGAGCCCAUUGGGAACUCAGCUUGAGCCCAACCACGCUCUACACUUGCGACACGAUCUGGCAUUUGUGCUUGCUGCUGCUGCAAUGAUGCUCUACGUUAGUUUCCGCAACGAAGUGACACUACUGAACUGUUUGGCUAUGCUAGGACUAUACUCGGGCUAUAUUGCGUCAAAAACCUGGGGCUGCAGUGACAGCAAUGAGUUGUCGUUAGAGCUCUCAGCUCAGGCUCCAGUAUCCGGCAGUAACAACGAGUUGGAACCAUCAACGCUAAAAUUCAGUGUUCUGAGCGCUCUGGAUUACACGGCGCUGUACGCAGCGAUGCAGCAACCUAAGGGACCAUUGACUGACGAUCUCGACGCUAUAACACUACAAACGCUGGAAGCUCAUCAUUCCGAUGCCCAGUAUGUGGCUCCAAGAUCCUUGAGUGAGCCUCCAAACGGUUCACCACAUCUUGCGAAAAAUGCUGAUCUCAACACUGUAGUGGCUCACUCGUCACCAUCCACAUUCGAACGCUACCGGGAUAAUGAGGACAUGGCUCCAGCAAAUGACGCCUACUAUGAUGACAACGAUGUUUCUCCCAUUGCAUACAGCGAUACGUUGCGGUCAAGACUUUUACGAUUACGCGAAGGAGCGCUAUUCUUAUUUGCACCACAACUUCUUAACUUCCGUGCACUACCGAUGUAUUCCAAAGUCCUGGCCAUUGCAAUGGUGCCCUUAACGGUGAACCUACGGUUGACCUGUCCACAAUUUGAUGUUCUGCUGCGAAGAAGUACCGUCUCUGCUAACAGGACCAUUCUCGAGCCAAAAACUCUAGCACUACUGCUGGCACACUCUGUGUGUGUUCCUGCGUGCACACUCCUACUUGUGGGCGUUUUGGUCGAUUCUCAGAUACCUUGGUGGUCAAUCCUGGUAUGUGGUUUGGUCACUACUGGGCUGCUCUCAUCAACAAUUAUGUUUCGCUGGCAAGUGGCCCAGGUUAACCGAUUUUCGCUACAUGAUACCGAACUGCAUGACAGCAGGGCAGCUUAUAAGCUCGGGGUCCUGGAACAGUAUUUCGUAACGGUGCUCAAUAGCCUGGGGAUCAUUAAUUGCGUGCUGUGGAUAGCAGUUUUCGCCAACGCACUAGUGGAGGUGAUGGUGACUUACCAGCAUCUCACCAACAUCUCUGAAGGCGUACUGGGCCUAACCAUUUUCUCAUGGGGCAACUCUGUCAGCGACCUUGUGUCAAACGUCGCAAUGUGCAAGUUGCAUCUCAAGAUGGGUUCGCAGUCGCGGGACGAACAAGUACAACUAGCGUCCAGGUAUUUUUUCAUUGCGCUGAGCGCAUGUCUCGGUGGCAUUCUACUCAAUAUUCUCAUCGGUGUAGGCUUGAGUGGCUUCAUCUCGAUGUCGAUGAAUGCUAAUGGCAACGGUAUGGAUUCCACGAAAAUAUGGUUGUUCCGGUCAGUGUCUAUACAGAGCCAUGCCCCAGACUACAAGUUCAUUAUUUCUUCAGCAUUCAUUCUGGUACAGAAUGUCGUGCUAUUGGUGGUGUUUUCAGGCGCAGACGUGGUUUCGAAGUGGGUGACACGAUAUUCUCGCUAUGUCGGGAUAAUGUUCUGUUCUUGGUGGGGGCUCGCAACUCUUGUAAGUGUUAUCAUUGAAGUUACAGCCAGUACAAGCAGCGCAAUCAGAUAG